AUGCUAAAUUACAGCUUUGUUAUUUAUGAAUGGAGAUCUACUAUACUUGGACCUCCAGGUUCUGUAUACGAAGGAGGCGUUUUUUUCCUGGAUAUCACAUUUUCAUCUGACUACCCAUUCAAGCCACCAAAGGUUACUUUCCGUACCAGAAUUUAUCACUGCAACAUCAACAGUCAGGGAGUCAUCUGUCUGGAUAUCCUGAAAGACAACUGGAGCCCUGCUUUGACUAUUUCAAAGGUUCUGCUGUCUAUUUGUUCUCUUCUGACAGACUGCAAUCCGGCUGACCCUCUGGUUGGAAGCAUAGCCACUCAGUACCUGACCAACAGAGCAGAACAUGACAGGAUAGCCAGACAGUGGACCAAGAGAUAUGCAACAUAAAUGACAAACUACUUGUGCAGUGUGAAGGUGCAGAAGGCAGCUUUGCAGUGUGCAACAAAUCUUUAUAGCCUUUACAAUACGGACUUCUGUGUAUAUGUUAUACUGAUUCUACUCUGCUUUUAUCCUUUUGAAGACUGGGAUACUGCCCCCCAAAAAGGUAAAUGCUAUCAAGAGUAGAAAUUUGUAGCUGUAGAUUAGUUAUGUUUAAAAUGCCUACUUGCAAGUCUUGCUUCUUUGGGAUAUCAAAAUGUAUUUUGUGAUGUACUAAGGAUACUGUUCCUGAAGUCAACCAAAUAUUAUAGUGCAUUUUAGCCUAAUUCAUUAUCUGUAUGAAGUUAUUAAAGGUAGCUGUAGAUUACUAGGAAUUAUGUCAUUUGUAUUAAACCCAGAUCUAUUUCCAAUAUGUGGUACAUGCUGUUGUGAAAACUGUUUUAACUUUUACCUUUGUCAGUUUGUAAUGAAAGGAUUUCCUUUUUCCCUUUGUAGCUCAGAGAGCACCCAGUGUAUCAUCUCAAACACAAUAAACAUGUUCCCCAAGGAGUA